AUGGACUUUAAAGCUGUGAUCUUCGACUUAGAUGGUGUGCUGGUCGAUACCGAGGGAGCCACUUGUGCAUGGAUCGCUCAGCUACUACAACCACAUGACCUUCUUUGGACUUCUGACCUGCACAGACACAUAGCAGGUACGGUGAAGUUCUUCCCCCAGCGGUGCCUGGAGCUCCUGGAGGUCUCGGAGGUCCGAAGAGCGGAGCUGCUGGAGGUGUUGCCCUCAAGACUCACUUCACCGGAGUAUAGCAAAUUUGUCGCAGAACGUAUGACCAUCAAAGCAGGUGCAGUGGCCCUCGUCCAGCGCUUGCGGACACUGCAGAUUCCCCUUGCCUUGUGUACCAGCCGGAGAAGUGAUGGUCUGGAGGCGUUGAUGGAGUUGCGCAGUGAUCUCACCGACUUGUUGGAAGGGCUCAAGGUGCGAGUGGUUGGAGCCAUCGAUCCACGCAACGGCCAGCAGAUGAAAGGAAAGCCUGACCCAGAGGUGUACCAAGUUUGCGCAGAAAUUCUCGGACUGAAGGCCAGUGAAUGUGUGGUCUUCGAGGAUGCUCCAUCUGGGAUAUGUUCCGCAAAAGCAGCUGGUUGCUUCACGAUCGCCGUUCCUGAAAGCUGGAUGGUUGGAGAUGCAGCGGCUGAAGAGGUCUUCGCCUCUGCGGAUCUUCGACUUCCAAGCCUGGAAUCUCUGCACGAAACUGAGCUCUGGGAGUCACUGUUUGGUCAUUUACCUCCCCUGCUGCUUGCUUUGGGCAACCCAACGGUUGAUGUAAUUGCGGUCAUCGAAGACUUAGAAGCUGCGCUCCAGAACUUCGGCCUCUCCGUGGGCUCUGAAGCCACCGGCUUCGACGAUGCGCAGAAACUCGCGCUGGCCGAGAUGGCCCAGCACCAUGCAGGUGCGCGAACUUGCGCGGGGGGGGGCGGCGAUGAAUGCGCUAAGAGUGGCUUCAUGGGCAGGACAUCGGCGAGCUGCUUUCAUUGGUGCAAUAGGAACUGA